AUUCGCAUGGAGCCAUGGAUGCUUCUAAACGAAAUAAUACUACGAAACGUGAGCCUAAUCCUUACGCCAAGGCCAACAUUAUCUCCAAGUGGUUAUUCCUAUGGAUGCACAGUAUUUUCCGCAAGGGCAGACGUGAGCAGUUGGACGCCAGUAAGUUGUACGAGCAAUUGCCCAGCUUCGACAGUGAAACCCUGACCCGGAAUCUGCAGCCGCACUGGGGGAAGGAGUCCAAGCGGAAAAAGCCCAGCCUGAUGAACCUAAUCUUUCGCGUCUACGGUUGGCAGUUUGUUCCCGUUUGUGUCUUGUAUUCCCUGCUGGAGAUGACCAUACAUUCCUUUCAGCCUCUGCUGCUCGGAGGACUCAUUUCCUAUUUUGCCUAUGGCCAGACUAGUGUGUCCAAGGAGAGUGCCUAUCUGUAUGCCAUGGGCAUUGUCCUGUGCUCCCUAGUCACCUCGUUGGUGUUCCAUCCGUUCAUGUUCCAUGUUUUUGCUGUGGGCACUAGGGUGAGACUUGCCUGUGCUGGUUUGGUUUACCGGAAAUGUCUUCGUGCCUCGGCCAGCAGUGGUGAGGGACUGGGAGCCUUGGCCAUUUCCGUGAUGUCCAUCGAUCUGUCACAGUUCGACCUGACCUUCUACUUCUUUCACGACCUGUGGAAGGGUCCCGUGGAGGCAUGUAUAUUUGGCUACCUAAUGUACCUGCAGGUGGGCUGGACUUCGCUGAUUGGCAUAGCCUUCAUCGUGAUCCUGAUUCCGCUGCAGGCAUGGGCGGCCAAGGCUGCUGCCCAUUUCCGGUCGCAGUCCGCCAAGCAUCGUGAUGAGAGGGUAAAGCUAAUGAACGAGAUCAUCACCGCCAUCCAGGUGAUCAAGAUGUAUGCGUGGGAGAAAUCCUUCGGACGACUGAUAGCCGCUGUGAGGAAGUCAGAAGUGAAGGCCAUCCGGGGAUCGAUGAGCAUCUAUGCCGCCCUCCAGUGCACCAAUAUGAUCUCGAAGAUAUCACUGUUCCUCAGCCUGGUGGCCUACGUUUAUGUGGGUGACCUUGUCACUGCCAAGAAGGUGUUCAUCCUGUCCUCUUACUAUGGACUCCUCAAUGAUUCCCUGCUACACUACUGGCCCAUGGCCAUUACCACCUGGGCUCAGACUCUGGUCAGUGCUCGUCGAGUGGUGGAGUUCCUUCAGCAGGUGGAGAAACCCGAGGAGGAGGGCUGCUGCCGCGACAAUCCCGGACUGCAGUUGGAUACGGGAAAGCCGAAGACGGGGCAUGUGGGCCGCCUGCACUGCGUGAAGAGCGAGGAGAAGUGCCUGAGCUUCCGGAAGGUGAGUGCCAGUUGGGACAAGCCGAGCACCAAGCACCCCAGGAAGCCGCAUAUCGAUGGGAUCUCCUUCCACGUUAAAUCCGAUCAGUUUGUGGGCAUUGUGGGUAACGUGGGCUCCGGCAAGAGCACCCUGCUCCAUGCCAUCCUCGGUGAGAUUGAACUGAUGCAGGGCCGCGUGGAGAUUCACGGCAGGAUUAGCUAUGCCGCCCAGCAGCCUUGGGUGUUCCAGGGGAGCAUCAGGGAGAACAUUCUCUUCGUGGAACCUUACGAGGAGCACCGCUAUCGAGCUGUGGUCCAUGCUUGUCAACUGGAACGAGACUUGGAGCUGCUGCCUCGUGGUGAUGCGACUGUGGUUGGCGAACGAGGCAUCAGCCUGAGUGGUGGACAAAAGGCGAGGAUUGCCCUGGCCAGAGCCUGCUAUCGCCAGGCGGAUAUAUACCUGUUCGAUGAUCCUUUGGCCGCCGUGGAUGCCCAAGUUGGCAAGUUGCUGAUGGAUAAGUGCUUCCAUCGUCUGCUGGCCGGCAAAAUGCGGAUCCUGAUUACCCAUCAUGUGCAGCUGCUUAAGAGCGUUGAUCAUUUGCUGCUCCUGGAGGCUGGCCACCUUACUCAGCAGGGCAGCUACGAGCAGCUGAAGGAUAUCAUAACCCAUCAUGCUGCUCUCGAUCUGGAGGCCAUCGAGGAGGAUAAGAUUCAGGUGAAGCGAGUGCUCAGUCAGGUGGACAGGACAUCGAAGCUUAGUAAAGGUGAAGAGGAGGCUUCCAACGCUUUGGAAAUGGAUGCGGAUGCUAACAACGAACAGCAGCUUCAAGGUGCCGUAAGCUAUGAGACCUACAAGGCUUACUUUCGGGCUCUGGGUGCUCCUUUCCUGGCCUGCUUGGUUUUGUCGCUAUUUGUCUUUGCACGCGGCUGCCAGGCGCUUAUGGAUAUCUUCAUUUCUCGCUGGGCCACCUGGGAGGAGGAUCGUGGCUAUGAUUCAAUAGAUGACUUGGAAUCCACACGAACCAAGAUGGUCACCUACUACACAAUUCUGUUGCUGCUCACCUUGGCUCUGUUUUUGCUGCGCACCUUUGGCUUCUUCUUCAUGUGCCUAAGGAUCUCUCUGAAGUUGCACGAUCAGCUCUAUCAUGGCAUCAUCCGAGCCUGGAUGUAUUUCUUCAAUGCGAAUCCCUCGGGGCGAGUGCUUAACCGCUUCUCCAGUGACAUACAGAACGUGGAUGUGACUCUGCCGCAGGCCAUGUUGGACUCCUUGCAGUUUCUGGUGGAUGUUGUGGCCGUUCUAGUGAUCGUGACCAUUGCCAACUAUUGGCUCCUUAUACCAGCUGCAAUCAUGGUGCUGCUCCUUUACCUCUGCCGUGCUCUGUACAUAGGGGCCAGUAGAAGUCUGAAAAGAAUCGAGAGUUUGACUCGCAGUCCCAUCUACUCCCACACAAAUCAGACCUUCCAUGGACAUACCACCAUUCGAUCCAUGGAUGCCAUGCCGCAACUGGAGCAGACUUUCCAUGGUCAUCAGAACACAAAUUCCUCGGCUCUGUUUCUCUAUGUGAGCGCCAAUCGAGCGUUCUCCUUUUGGACAGAUCUGAUUUGUGUGGUCUACAUCCUGGCGGUGACAUUCAGUUUCCUGGUCAUCGAACAGAGCUUCUACAGCGGCGAUGUGGGCUUGGCCAUCACCCAGAGCAUGACGCUGGUCAUCAUGUGCCAGUGGGGCAUGCGCCAGACUGCGGAAAUGGAGAACAAUAUGACCAGUGUGGAGCGAGUGCUGGAGUAUGCUCAGAUGCCCUCUGAAGCGCCACUGGAAAGUCCCAAAAGUCUGAAGUUGGCCAAAGAGUGGCCGCAGGCGGGUCAUCUCCGGUUCCGGGAGCUCCGAAUGCGCUAUGCUCCCGGAGAUGCUGAUAUCUUGCGAGGCCUCAACUUCGAAUCGCAGCCCAUGGAGAAGAUUGGCAUCGUUGGACGCACAGGAGCCGGCAAAUCCUCUAUUAUUCAGGCAUUAUUUCGGCUGGCCUUUAACGAGGGAACCAUCGAAAUCGAUGGCCUGGAUAUUGGCCAGUUGGGUCUCCACGAUCUGCGCAGCCGAAUCUCCAUUAUACCACAGGAUCCGGUACUGUUUUCGGGAACCCUUCGUUUCAAUUUGGAUCCCUUUGAUGAGAAGAGCGACGAGGCCUUGUGGAGUGCUCUAGAGGAUGUUAAGCUGAAGAAACAUGUGGCCAGCUUAGAGGGCGGUCUCUCCUGUCACCUCCAGGAUGGUGGCUCCAACUUCAGCAUGGGUCAGAGGCAGCUGGUGUGCCUGGCAAGAGCUAUAUUGCGGCAGAAUCGAGUCCUGGUCAUGGAUGAGGCCACUGCAAAUGUAGAUUCAGAAACUGAUAUCCUAAUCCAGGAAACCAUCCAGACCAAGUUUGCAGAAUGCACAGUCCUGACGAUUGCCCAUCGCCUGCACACGGUGAUGGAUAACGAUAGUGUCCUAGUGAUGGACGCGGGAAGGAUUGUGGAGUUUGGGGCGCCACACAAGCUCCUGCAGCGGAAGGAGGGAGUCCUGCUAAAGUUGGUCAAUCAAAAUGAUGCCGCAACGGUUAGUUUCCUCAAGAAGAUCGCCGCUGAGAGUUACGCCCGACGUAACAGAAGAGAUUCUUUAAAGAAUGAGUGAUAGUUUAAGACCAGAUCUCCGCUAGAAACAGGAACUUGGGAUAUGUUUUUAGCAGCUGUUUUUCUCACAAAAUUGUACAGUCAAAUCCGGUUUUAUUGGUGGUGUACGAAAAGUGUACGAUAAAGUGUAUUUACAUAGCUAUAGAAUUACGCUAAGUACUAAUGAUAGUUCGGCACUUAAAACGAGGAGACUCUGACACACACGCUUCGAUCGCACACACACAAGAUUACAAAAUAGAUGUAUGUAAAUAUAUAUAUGUAGGUAAUAUAUAUCAAAACUUUAAACUCGAUGGAUGAAGGAUGUCCAUUUAAAAUAAGUUUAGGUUAAAACUAGGAUCAGAACCGCACUCUGAUAUGCUCUCGAAUUGAAACGGAAACCAAAACAGUAACGCUCUUUAUGUAAGCACUAUAUGUACACAGAACGCGUAAUAAAACAAAUAAAUAAACGGUCAAACCACAUCUA